CUUGACCCACUUCCAUGUGACAACACCCAGCCGCGCUGUAUCCAACACAUGCCUGGCUGUCAGACCAAGUGAUGAUCACGUCAACACAGUGCUGGCGUGUCCCCUGCCCCGCGUCCUGGCUGACCCGACUGUCACAGUCCAGUAACUAGGAUACACGACUCAGUGACCAUUGGAACGACAAUGUCCGUGCUCACUGACCGCUGAGACGUGAUGUCUGGAUUUUGAAAAAUAAGCCGGUUUCUGUUCCCAUCAUGAGAUCAGUGUUGGAGCAUCUGUUUGCGGUAGUUGUCGUCGGGCUUGGGUAUUCAGCAUCACAUUACAUGUACAUGGACAACCUCUGUGGCGAGAGUCUCUACCUUAAUAACUACACUAGUGGACUGGAUCUCAACCUGACCAAGGCCAUUGCUUACGCUGCUGAAUUCAACUGUACCUUAAAACUGGUCGCCAGAACGCACCAUCGUGUCAUCGUCAGAAUAAUCUCUCUCAACAUCGCCAGCUUCGUGUCCUGCCCCGAAGACUACUUGACAAUAUCCGAAUGUGCCCCCGGAGAAAACUGUACUGAGAGCCGAAGGUACUGUGGUGUGGAGACACCAGUAGAUGUCUACACCUCCUCCUCCAGUGCUGUCACCCUCCGCUUCAUCAGUAACUCCAGGUUCAAUGGAAAGGGCUUCCAGCUGUACGUGACCACGUUCCAUGAAGGUACAUGUUCAGAUGGAGAGAUUGCGUGUCUCAAUGGACGCUGUGUCUCUGACGCUGUCCGCUGCAUCAAGGGAGAUAAGUGUGAGGAUGGUUCCGGGCAGUGUGUCACAACGUUAUCGCCUCCGGUCAUCGUCGGCUUUGUCGUCGGAGGGGUCAUCAUUAUCAUCACAUUCGCUCUGGCCUUCCUGAUCCUGUGGUAUUUCAGAAAAUAUCGUCUGGGCGAUGUUCAAUGUAGACAGAACCAGCCCCGAUACGCACAAAGGGACAAUGUCUCAACAACACCGCCACAUUUGCCACGUGAUGCACGGUUGAACAAUCAUGGUGUCCCACCAUCUCGACAAACUUCUUCCCAUCUUCAGAUCGUGACGUCACCACCGCCAUACAGGGAUAUUGAGACAUAGGCUUCAGCAUCAGCGGCGAGCUAUGGUACCGGACAGUACACACUGUGAAGCAAUGGUCUGCUGUCUCAUGCAUAUUGGUUUACAUGUAUAUUGUUGGGUGUAUAUUUAUUAUUAUAAACUAUUUUACAAU